AUGUACUGUGGUGCAAAGACGGAGAUCGUGACGAAGUGCCGCGAAAACAUCAAUUUGCUGGACGCAGCAUUGGCUGGUGGGGCCCUGUCGCCAGGGUUGCAAAGGGACGUGAGAGCGGAGCAAAGUAUAUCAACUUUAGACGAAUACAUUUCCAAUUUAUUACGAAUUGUUUCAACAGCUUGGUUGGAGGAACUACGACUGAGUGACAACGAGCUUCGGUCACUCGAUUGUGUGUUGAGGCUUCCCCGCCUCAGAACCCUUGUUGCUGGCAAUAACUUAAUCAGUAGUUUUGCAUUGAGUAACUCACAAAUGGCGCCGGACGAAGAACAGAAGACGGAAUAUCGGGCACCACUCACAAGCGUUGAUCUCAGGCACAACAGGCUCAAGGGAAGCAUCAUUCUAGGAAACUACGAACAUCUAGUAUCACUGGAUGUAUCCCACAAUGCAGUGGAAGUGCUGGUGGUAUCAGCUCUGCGAGGGCUCCGAGAGCUUUACGCUGCGAACAACGCGCUGCAGCAUCUGUCCCUGCACGGGGCUUGUCUUAGGACCCUGAAGGCUCCACACAAUCAACUCGAGAGCCUCACAACGACGGUACCGCCUAUUAAUUUAGUUGAAAUCGACGUGUCGCACAACAAACUUACGGCGUUACCACAAUGGUUGAGUGGCUGCUCAGACCUUACGACGCUUCUUGCCAGCAAUAACCAACUCACCGCUCUACCUGACCACUUAUUCUGCAGUGAACUAUCAAGCCUGUCAAAGUUACACCUAGCUCAUAACAAAAUUUCAAACAUACCCUCAAUGCCAAGGUUAAGAGCCCCAUUAAAAGAACUUUUACUUCACGAUAAUUGUAUACAAUCUAUACCAGAAAACUUCUUCUCAGUCUGUGACAGAUUAUCCAUACUCAACCUAUCAAACAAUAGAUUAAGCCGUUUACCAGUUGCGAGAGGCGCGUCAUCGUAUUCCUUAGAACGCCUUUAUUUAACAGCCAAUUGUUUAACCGAUGACGUAGCUGAAGUCAUCACAGCUUUUCGUGGUCUCAAGAUCUUACACAUUGCAUAUAACUGCCUCACCAUAUUACCAGAUAGUUGCAUAAACUUUUGGCCAGAUAUUGAAGAACUUGUUAUAUCUGGAAACUCGUUUUCUCGACUCCCUGAAAGUCUGCCGCAGUUAAACCACAUAAGAGUUGUACGAGCACACUCAAAUAGAUUACGCUCAGUGCCAAUGUUUGCUUGCAGCGCUUCUGUAAAAAUAUUAGAUUUCGCGCACAACGAACUCGACAGUAUAGAUUUAAGACUGCUUGCCCCAAAACAGUUGAAGUUCUUAGAUAUUUCGUGUAACAAAAAGUUACAAGUAGACCCCACUCAAUUUAAUGCAUACAGGUGUCAACGGCCGCUUAGUUUAGUAGAUGUGACUGGAAAGAAUUCUUUACCUUGGACACAGAAAAGCGGCUACCAUGAAGAAAUGACUGGGGGUACUCCGUGGGCGACGGGAUUCUCAGAGUGCCCUAACAAAUCACUCCAGCUUUGUUGUGCGCAAAUCAGACUCCCGUCAUUCUGCAACAAAGAGGGCUUUUUCGCUCUUAUCGAUGGUGAAACUGAUAUGGAAGUACCAAAGAUAUUGCAAUCAAGUUUACCGGGCUUACUUCUAGAAGAAAAGUCCAUCAAAGAGACUGUUAAUGAAUAUAUGAAAUACGUUGUACUCUCAGCUCAUAGAGAAUUGAAGGAAAAAGGCCAGAGGAAAGGUGCUUGUCUUAUUAUGUGCCACUUGUCUCCUAUGAACCCACCAGAAAAUGGUUUUGGCCAUGUCGCCAGACGGUACACCUUGAGGCUGGCAAACGUAGGCGAUACAAAAGCUGUAUUGAGUAGACGGAAUGGGCCUUUGAGUUUGGGAAUCGAAAAUAAUAAACGUCUUGGAUAUUCCACGCGGUAUCCUAGCACGGUGCCAGAUCCAGAUGUCGUCCAGACAGUUAUAAAGGAAGAUGACGAAUUCCUUAUAAUGGGCAAUGGUAGAUUCUGGAACGCAAUGAGUAUAGACGCAGCUGUGUCUGAAGUCAGAGCUGAACGAAACCCUGUUCUUGCAGCGAAGAGAUUACAAGAUCUAGCGCAAAGCUAUGGCGUCGAAGAUUGCAUAUCAGUGAUGAUUAUUCGCUUUGACACCAACAGGUCGGAUGUUGACUUGCUAAUGCGCGAGUUGAGGCAGACAAUAACCAAUGGCAAUAAAUCUGUAUGCAGACCAGAUUGCUGCUGUUCUCGGCUAGACGCGUGUUGUCACUCAGCUUCUCCUCCAAAACCUAGCAGUGACCGUUCUUCUCCUAGUGGACAGAGCGAUCGCCCGCCGAGUGAGGCGAUCAGCCAUCAACAUUAUGCCAGCGUUCGUUCGCAGAACAGACCAUCAGAACGAAGGAGCUGUCGAGGAGGUGUUGCGAGAGCAAUACGAGUGCGUGUUGAAGAAGAUAAAGAAGAUGAUACUAGGUUAGAAGAACUCCCCAACUCAGAAGAACAGUUCAAAUGCUGGGAGUAUAUGCUAGAGCAAAAUACACAAAUGCUCUUUGACAAGGAACUUGACAAUUUGUCGAAAGGUAUCAAGUCUAAUGUAAGCAGUUUGAGGAAUUUAAAGGGCUUAUCGGGAAGCAGUCCUCAGCUACAUUUGACAGGAAAGCAAUCUAAAGGUGUACCGUUUUUGUCCAAGCACUUUGGUAGUGCGAGGUCUUUUGGAACGACACUAAAACCAGAUUUCAGAUUUGGAUCUGGCAGGUUACCCAAUGGAGGACCAAACGCUGCGUACUUUGGUUCCUUACAAAGGCUUAUGCCAUAUCAUUUGGAGUACGACUUCGCUGUAAUACAAGAAAAAAGUACACAUUCUGAGGACUCACUAGACCUUGAAGGCCGCAUGCAACAGUACUGGGGAGUUGCCACAACAGAACUGUAAAUAGUAAGUUAGUUUUGAUGAAUUCUGUAAAUAAAACUUCCACUAAAU